CUGAGCUGCGCGUGCGCAGUGGCCACCGGAUUAAGCGUUCCGCACAGCUCGCCAGCCAGAGUUCUCGGUUUCGAGCAACGGAAAAGCACCACAUCUCGUUCAACGGCACGGUCGGCAGUCAGAGGGACUUUAUCGCCCCUGAGACUUGUUUUAAGGUGGUCCAGACCAACCUGCUUCUCAGCGGUUUACACCCCGACACACCCAGUGAAGGAGGAUGGCGGUGAAUGUCUACUCCACGUCUAUGACCAUAGAGAACCUGAGUCGCCAUGACAUGUUGGCAUGGGUCAACGACUCCUUACAACUCACUUACACCAAGAUCGAGCAACUCGGCUCAGGUGCAGCGUACUGUCAGUUCAUGGACAUGCUAUUUCCAGGGUGCAUUUUGUUGAAAAAAGUCAAAUUCAAUGCCAAACUGGAACACGAAUACAUUCACAAUUUCAAGGUCUUACAGGCGUCGUUCAAGAGGAUGUCUGUCGAUAAGAUCAUUGCCGUCGAGAGGCUGGUCAAGGGCAAAUUCCAGGACAACUUUGAGUUCCUUCAGUGGUUUAAGAAGUUUUUUGACGCCAACUAUGACGGCAAAGAAUACGACCCUCAACUGUUACGGCAGGGCCUCGAGGGAACGCCGCCGCCGCCGUCCAAUUCAGGUGACCCCAUUGUCCACAAACCCAACAGACCUGCUCGCUCAGGCCCCAUCAGAACAUCUCCCACCACACCCAAGAGUGUCCCCACCCCGCAGAGGCAGAUCAAUGCGCCGGCAGCCCGCAGGAACCCCGCCAUGACGCGCAAUGGAGGAGACUCGGAGCUGUUGGAGCUGAACCAGCAGCUACUGGAUAUGAAGCUGACUUUGGAUGGACUGGAGAAGGAGAGGGACUUUUAUUUUGGCAAGCUGAGAGACAUUGAAUUGAUCUGCCAGGACGGAGAGAAUGGAAGCAACCCGGUCCUCAACAAAAUCAUGGAGAUACUCUAUGCCACAGAGGUAAAACCUGAGGAGGGGUUUGCGCCGCCAGAUGAUGACGAUGUUGAUGAAGGUGCACAAGGAGAACAGGAGGAGUUCUGAGCUCCCCCCCCCCCCCUUCUAACCAAUUUAACAUUCGUCCUAACCACAGAAAAUGUUCCACCGUCAUUUUAUUUCACAUUUUACAAGGGUCCCCUUUACUCCUUGCAUCUUGUUUGCAGCUGUUCAUGAUCACAUUUUUUUAACAGUCUAGUCUACAAUUCAACAAUGUUUGGACCUGUUGGUUUACUCGGCUCAACCAGAGGUGCCAGCUGUUGGGCGCGGUUGCCCGCUAAAACUGUCAUGCGUUGAGAUUACAACACUUGACAGCCUGGGCCCAACAUUGCGUGCGCGUGCGUGUGUGUGUGUGUGUGUGUGUGUGUGUGAAGGAGGGGGAGAGGGUGGGAUAUGCAGGCGGCUUUUUUUUCACCGUGCACUUUAAUUGUCAACCAUAUGCAGAAACAGUCAGUUGAAUUUGCUGCAUAUUUGCUGUUUUAUGGAACCACACGUUUUCUCUACAAUAUAAGUUGUAGAAUCUUCCGUGUGGGUGAUGGCGGUGUAGGUGAGAACAUAAGUGAUGCAAAUGAAUAUAUUUUGCAUAGUGGAGAUGUACACGUAGCCUGCAGACAUAUCACAACUUACUCACAUACAUUUAAAAAAAAAAGCCGUAAUUUCAAGUUUAAAGAAAAAGCCAUGGUGGAUAAAAAAUGAAAAAAAAAACAUUUUGACAGCUUGUUUUUGACGAAGCCUGAUGUAUUUAUGGUUUUAUUUAUUCGUCUUUUUUAAUCAGCUUGGUCACUUUUUUGGAAAAAAAAAUUUAAAAAGGUGGUUUGGGAUUGAAAGUUGCACUAAAAAUAGCGAAAGAAGCCCACACAUGUGAUCUGAAUUGCCAACUAGCAGUGAUUGGCUGCAGCCAGAAAUAUACAAGAUGCUAUUUUAUAUUUUGUAGCUUAGGUUUCUUUCUUUUUAGAAAUGUAUAUCUGCAUUGGAUUGAUUAAAAAAAAGGCCAAGUCUGAGUUGUCAUCGUGAAUUUUAAUUGAACAGACAAACGUCAGGGUUUUAAUUUUAUUAAUGGAGGCCAACGUGGGUCGAAGACAUGACUAAAUUACUAAUGGUUGACUAUUUUAAGAUCAACAUUUUAGCUGCUAUCUGUAAUUAUUUUUGCCGUAUUUGAGUUUUCAUGUAAUCUAUAGCACUAAAAUGCCACAGUGUGGUAUGUUGUCACUGGCAGCCUGGCUGAGUGGUCUAAAUUAGUUGGACCUUUUAUUUUUAUUAUUAUUUUUUUUUUGCUCAGUUUUUCUCCAAGUGAUCGUGAUCAACAUCUGGAUUUGUGUUGGAAUGAAAUAAAGCAUCUGAGUAGGUGAAAAGCAAGAAA